AUGUCGGCAACAGCGUUAUAUGACAAGGCAUUUCGAUCCUAUCUACUGACGAAAUAUACACCUGCAGCCAACACUUGUUUAAAAGCCAUCGUUGCAUUGAAGAGCGAUGAUCAGGACUCGACUCGACUCAACAUCUGGACGCUCUACUUGAACAUUGCAUCUACGCUACUUGUGAAUACACCCUUUCUAGGCAUUAACAUGAAAUUGCUCGGCAUUCCACCCGCCAAUUCGAUGGAACAGGUAUGUCGCUCCAUCUGGAACAAGGUGUCCACAGAAGGUUAUGGAAGUGUUGGUAAUACGGAUGCUCGUCUUGUUUCUGCUUGUAUUGCUAUGAACAUUGAGCUGGAUCAACUGGCUGUUGCAAGAAGCAUUGCAGAGGAGUGGUUUGCGUCUUUGUCUGACGAUGUGAUGGACCGUAUUUCAGCCAACCGAGAGCCAGAUCAAGUAACGGAAGGCUACAACAAGGUGGUGGAGCUCUACGUUGGCCGCACGCUAUCCCGUAUGCAUGAUUUUGAAUCUGCAAAUACAUUUUUAGACUAUAAUUCAGUGCUGACUGACACUAAAAAGAAGGCUUUCAAGGACAUUAUUGCUCAAGAGCAAGCAUCUGUGGAAACUGAGCGCCAAAAGAAGAUUCAAAUCGAAAAGGAAUUAGAGGAAAAGAAGAAGGAGGAGGAGAAAUUGUUAAUAGAAGAAGCCAAGCGCAUCGAAGAGGAAAAAUUGGCACAAGAAAAGCAAAGAUUGGAAGAGGAAAAGGCACAACAGGAGCAGGCAAGAAAGGCAGCAGAGGCAGCAGAGGCAGCAGCAUCAGAGAAGGGUACGUUGCAGCAGGAAAAGGACGAUGCAACGACAUCUCGAUCUGUCAUGAGCCAAUCUUCCGCACCACAACAACCAAGACAACACCCGCAAACAGUAGUUCGAAAAUGGAUGAAUCAAAUCACGACUAAAGGAGCAACUACAUCUGGAGCCAUUUUGAUUCUGAUCUUUGCACUGUUUGCUCUAUUUCGGGGUCAAAGGGGCCGUCUGUCUGUUGCGCUCCAAGGAUUAAUGAACAAGUUAUGGCAGACAAUCAAGAUGGGUACCAAAGUGACCUACAUGUAA